UAUUUUGGCCAAAAGUUCAUUCCGUUUUGGAUUGUGGCAUUUUUCAGGCGUGCGAAAGAAUUCCUCAGCGCUCCAAGAAUUUCCACAGCAAUUUUGGUCACUGCUUUAAAGUAAACAUAAAGCCAAGAGGCCAGCGAAGAAUUUGUAUUUUCUAAGCCAAAUCGAAUAGAGGCCACCCGAGCGGCGAGCACGCGACAUGGCGUGUCCUUUCUUUAGGCGAGCGGACUCGCUGACACGCCAGCCCUCGGUCAUCGCCGAGCCUGGUGGCCACUGGGCGCUCGAGGACGAGGAGCUCUCGGACGACGCCCUGACCCUCACCCACCUCCAGAUGGCCAUACAGCUGCUGACGGCGCCGUCGAACGAGGAUCUCAACACGGCGGUCACGUCUUUGGUGGCCAAGUACCGCCAGAACUGGCCCAAUAUCCACAAGCUCAAACUGGAUCCGCAAACCUUCAAGAGCUGCGCCAACUAUGACUACUUGGCGGACAUCCAGGAGCUGCUGCUGAAGAUGGACGAGGCCAGUGCCAGCGAGAUUCUGGUGCUGCUCGGCGAGGAGCUGAUUACCUGCUGCUGCACAGGGAUCAUUGAAAGAGCCUUCCGCUGCCUGGGCACCGAUCUGCAGGAAUUCCUGGGCUCCCUCGAUGGCGUUUACGAUGUGCUGAAGCUGCAGGAGGAGGACGUCACCGAUACCGGAUUCGUGUGUGCCGGCGAGGGCGAGCUCAUCUUCACCUCGGAGCGCCCGGUGAUUGCCUGGUUGCUUCUGGGCUCCCUGAAGGCGCUCACCCGCAUGCUCUACAAGGUGGACGUGAACAUCAAGAUCGAGCCCGUGGAGGGCGAUGCCCGGCGGUAUCGCUACCUCUUUUCGCUGGUCAAGGACAACUCGCAGACCAUGCUGAUGGGUCGUCCCACUUCCGUGAGCAAAACCAUCCCGGAAACGGUGCAGCGGAGCAACUCGAGCAACGCCUCCGACCUGCAAAUGAACUCGUCCAGCUUCUGCAAGAUGUUUCCCUGGCACUUCAUCAUGAACGAGCAGCUGGAGCUGGUGCAGUUGGGCAGGGGAUUCAGCAAGCUGUACAAGCCCUACAUGGCGGACUUUGGUUGCCAAGCGACCACCUACUUUGAUUUCAAGCGACCCAAGGGAUUGACCAUGAAAUUCCGGGACAUAGUGCGGCGCACCUACACGCCCUUCCUGAUCGGCUUGAAUAAUCCGCCGGGCGCCGUGGAUUUCCCGGCCAUUGGACUGGAGAUCAAGGGACAGAUGGUGCACUGUCCCGAGUCCAAUUCGCUGCUCUUCAUUGGCUCCCCCUUCCUGGACGGCCUGGAUGGGCUGACCUGCAACGGACUCUUCAUCUCGGACAUACCGCUGCACGACGCCACCAGGGAGGUAAUCCUGGUGGGAGAACAGGCCAGGGCGCAGGAUGGACUGCGCCGGCGCAUGGACAAGAUCAAGAACAGCAUUGAGGAGGCCAACUCGGCGGUGACCAAGGAGCGGAAGAAGAACGUCAGCCUGCUGCACCUCAUUUUUCCCGCGGAGAUCGCCGAGAAGCUUUGGCUAGGCUCCUCCAUUGACGCCAAGACGUAUCCCGAUGUCACGAUCUUGUUCAGCGACAUCGUCGGCUUCACUAGCAUCUGCUCGCGGGCCACUCCCUUCAUGGUGAUCAGCAUGCUGGAGGGGCUUUACAAGGACUUCGACGAGUUCUGCGACUUCUUUGACGUGUACAAGGUGGAGACCAUCGGGGAUGCCUACUGCGUGGCCAGCGGACUCCACCGAGCCUCCAUCUACGACGCCCACAAGGUGGCCUGGAUGGCCCUCAAGAUGAUCGACGCCUGCUCGAAGCACAUCACCCACGACGGCGAGCAAAUCAAAAUGAGGAUCGGGCUGCACACGGGCACUGUUCUGGCGGGAGUGGUGGGCAGGAAGAUGCCCAGGUACUGCCUCUUCGGGCACAGCGUUACCAUCGCCAACAAGUUCGAGUCGGGCAGCGAGGCGCUGAAGAUCAAUGUCAGCCCAACCACCAAGGAUUGGCUGACCAAGCACGAGGGCUUUGAGUUCGAGCUGCAGCCGCGGGAUCCGUCGUUCCUGCCCAAGGAAUUCCCCAAUCCCGGCGGCACCGAGACAUGCUACUUCCUGGAGAGCUUCCGCAACCCGGCUUUGGACAGCGAGCUGCCGCUGGUGGAGCACAUCAAUGUGGCCAUGAAGACCAUAUCCGAGGGCGGCGAUGCCUAGAGGCGCCCCCGUAGAUCCCCCGUAGCUCCAAUCCCCCCGUAGACCACCCACACGCUCAGUAGUCCUAGUUCGGUGCACUUGUAUUGUGGUUUUGCCUGUUGCCUGCUUAGCCUAGAAUCAAUAAACUAUCCCAUUCGAAUGGUUGCAUUCCAGCACAGA